AACACACACACAAUCAAGAAAAGAAAAACCCUAACUAGUUGUUGCAUAUAUAUAUCGAUGACGAUCGAAAUCAAGAAACCCAUCAAAAGACAAAGAAGCAGUGACGACGACAGUACUACUACUACUACUAUGGCGAUUAGCAGCAGCAGCCAUGAUGAUGAUGAUGAUUAUCAAGAAAAAGAAAAUCUUGGGGGUUACGAAUGCAAGACAUGCCGAAAAAGAUUCAAAAGUUUUCAAGCACUUGGUGGGCAUCAAGGAAUCCACAAAAAGAUUAAACCUUUUGAUGAUAAAUUCGAUGAAUGUGAGUUGCGGCUUGAUACCAGCAAGUCGUUUUUCGUGUUGCAUCGAUGUAAGCAGUGCGAUAAAGAGUUUGAUAGCGGGCAGGCUUUGGGUGGUCACAUGAGACGACACAGGAGGAAAGAAGCAGAAAAGCAGAUUAUUGUAUCGGCUUUAUCUGAUGAUCAACAUGGAAGGAGUAGUAGUGAUUUGACAGUAGUUCUACAAGAAGCCGCGGCAGCAGAUGAGGAGCAGGAUCAUGAUGAUUACGAAAAGAUCAUGAUGAGAAGUGAGUUGAUGUUGGCAGCCAAAGAAUGGCGAUUAAGUGUUUGA